CCUAGAUCGGUGGACGUGCUCACCUCCGCUCCGGGCCAGGUCUAUGUCCCGGUUUCCCGCUGUCGCGGGCAGGGCGCCAAGGCGGCAGGAGGAGGGUGAGCGGUCAAGAGACCUCCCCGAAGAGCAGCCUUCGGCUGUUUCCAUCGCUGAUAGAGAAGAUAAAGGAUGCACAUCACAGGAGGGAGGAACUACUCCAACUUUUCCUAUUCAAAAACAAAGAAAAAAGCUUAUACAAGCUGUGAGGGACAAUUCAUUCCUUAUUGUUACUGGAAAUACAGGAAGUGGUAAAACAACUCAACUCCCAAAAUAUCUAUAUGAAGCAGGGUUUUCACAACAUGGUAUGAUUGGUGUGACUCAACCACGAAAAGUAGCUGCCAUAUCAGUGGCUCAGAGGGUUGCUGAAGAAAUGAAAUGCACUUUGGGAUCCAAAGUAGGAUACCAAGUUCGUUUUGAUGAUUGCAGUUCUAAGGAAACAGCAAUCAAAUACAUGACUGAUGGAUGUUUACUGAAACAUAUUCUGGGAGAUCCAAAUCUUACCAAAUUCAGUGUCAUUAUUUUGGAUGAAGCUCAUGAGAGAACUCUAACUACAGACAUCUUAUUUGGUUUAUUGAAGAAGCUAUUUCAGGAGAAGUCUCCUAACAGGAAGGAGCAUUUAAAGGUUGUGGUGAUGUCAGCAACUAUGGAAUUAGCCAAACUCUCUGCAUUUUUUGGAAAUUGUCCAAUAUUUGAUAUACCUGGAAGGCUUUAUCCAGUCAGAGAAAAAUUCUGCAAUUUGAUUGGCCCACGAGACAGAGAAAAUACUGCAUAUAUUCAAGCGAUUGUGAAAGUGACCAUGGAUAUCCAUUUGAAUGAAAUGGCUGGAGACAUCUUGGUUUUUCUGACUGGUCAGUUUGAAAUCGAAAAAAGUUGCGAGUUACUUUUUCAGAUGGCAGAGUCUGUUGAUUAUGAUUAUGAUGUUCAAGAUACCACUCUAGAUGGCUUGUUAAUAUUGCCGUGUUAUGGAUCUAUGACAACAGAUCAACAGAGGAGAAUAUUUUUGCCACCUCCACCUGGAAUUAGAAAAUGUGUCAUAUCCACCAAUAUUUCUGCAACAUCUUUGACAAUAGAUGGAAUCAGAUACGUGGUAGAUGGUGGCUUCGUGAAACAGUUAAAUCACAAUCCCAGAUUAGGGUUGGACAUCCUGGAGGUGGUUCCAAUUUCAAAGAGUGAGGCGUUACAGCGAAGUGGCCGAGCUGGCAGGACUUCCUCAGGAAAAUGCUUUCGGAUCUAUAGUAAAGAUUUUUGGAACCAGUGUAUGCCUGACCAUGUGAUCCCUGAGAUUAAGAGAACUAGUUUGACAUCUGUAGUUCUGACCUUAAAGUGCCUUGCCAUACACGAUGUUAUAAGGUUUCCCUAUUUGGAUCCACCUAAUGAGAGACUUAUUUUGGAAGCUCUUAAACAACUUUACCAGUGUGAUGCUAUUGACAGGAGUGGCCAUGUGACCAGAUUGGGUUUGUCUAUGGUGGAAUUUCCUCUCCCUCCACAUCUGACAUGUGCAGUAAUAAAGGCUGCUUCUCUGGACUGUGAAGAUCUACUACUUCCAAUAGCAGCAAUGUUGUCUGUGGAAAAUGUCUUCAUUAGACCUGUUGAUCCAGAGUACCAGAAGGAAGCAGAACAGAGACAUCGAGAACUGGCAGCUAAAGCUGGAGGAUUUAAUGACUUUGCAACUUUAGCUGUCAUUUUUGAACAGUGCAAAUCAAGUGGAGCUCCGGCUUCGUGGUGCCAAAAACAUUGGAUUCAUUGGAGGUGCUUAUUUUCUGCAUUUCGUGUUGAAGCUCAACUUCGAGAACUAAUCAGGAAGCUUAAACAGCAAAGUGAUUUCCCAAGAGAGACCUUUGAAGGCCCUAAACAUGAAGUACUACGAAGAUGUCUUUGUGCAGGCUAUUUCAAAAAUGUAGCUCGAAGAUCUGUUGGGAGAACGUUUUGCACAAUGGAUGGGCGUGGAAGCCCAGUUCACAUUCAUCCUUCCUCAGCACUUCAUGAACAGGAAACCAAACUUGAAUGGAUCAUUUUUCAUGAGGUAUUAGUUACCACCAAAGUCUACGCAAGAAUUGUGUGUCCAAUCCGUUACGAAUGGGUGAGAGACUUGUUACCCAAGUUGCAUGAAUUUAAUGCACAUGAUUUGAGCAGUGUGGCCCGACGUGAAGUGAGAGAAGAUGCAAGAAGGAGAUGGACAAAUAAGGAAAAUGUAAAGCACCUAAAGGAUGGAAUAUCAAAAGAAGUCCUAAAGAAAAUGCAAAGAAGAAAUGAUGAUAAAUCCAUAUCAGAUGCACGUGCUCGUUUCCUUGAGAGAAAGCAGCAGAGGUCCCAGGAUCACAGCGACACACUGAAGGAAACAGGCUAAGCAGUGACCCCUCCAAUUCAGGAAGUAGGAAAAGCAGCCAGGAAAUGUGCUUCGACUUUGCAAUUUAUGUCAGACAGCACUACCAAGAGGAAGUGGUCAGCAGCUGUUAUUAGCAUACUAGCUAAAAGCAAAUCAAAGCUCAUCAAUACCAAUAAAUGGAAUUUUCAAGGAAAAGAUUGGGUUGCCAUAGUCAUAGGCAAUGAUAUAUGAAACCAAUGAAAGACAAUACAUGUGACAUUUUCCUCACUUCUAUUUUGCUGGCCUUAACUGGUAUCAAAUGCUGUCAUUGAGAUAUUUUCAAAGAACAUCGAAUUGUAUUUAAUCAGCGUGUAUCCAUUUGCAUUGAAGCAUUAAAAAUUAUUUUCCUUAAA